AUAGUGCAAUACACUGCACGAUGUUCUGCUCUGUAUUUGACAUCAUAAUGGAACACGUAUUAAUUUACUGAACCACAGAACUCCUGGUUCAUAUCCACAACAGCCAUUUGAGAGUUUUUCCAGCGUCAGAGAGUCAUUGAGACAAUGUUCUUUCGAAAGCACAAAUCCUCUGUACAACCAGGGGCUCCAGUAGAGAUGUGCUCUUCUCAGAAGACGCGCAAACGAAGGGGUGAGAGACCUUCGUCUCGUGGAGACACCAAACCUUCGACCACCACGAAGGAGCGAAGACCAAGGGGUGAGAGCCGCUGGUCUUUCGCAAACACCGUUGCUUCCACCACCAGGAAGUACCAGAAGCAAAGGUCUGUGAGACCUUUGUCUUGUGGAGACACCGACCAGAUGUACUGCCUAAGGGGUGAGAGCCCUUCGUCUUCCUCCACCGAAGAUAACAUGCCUUGUUUCUCAAGGAGGCAGUAUGGAAGAAGGGGUGAGAGCCCUUCUCCACCUUCUUCUGAAGGCAGCAAGCACUCUGCUGGAAGGAGGCAGUAUGGACGAAGGGGUGAGAACUCUUCUCCAUCUGCACUCCAAAAGGUGAUCUUUCAGCCACCUCCAGAAAUCCUCCCUGAAUCCUAUAUUGAAAGACCUCUCUCUGCUCUGGACAAGGACCAAGAAAGAGAGGAGGAGGAGUUGGCAUUCAGGAGAAGAGCCGAGGGAGUUAAUUUUGCCUGGGGACUGACCACAAAGUCCAGAGAAAAAUGGGCAAGAAAAAAAGUGGAGAAGUUGGAAAGAGCGAAGGAGCAAUACCUUCAGAAAAGGAUAGAAAAGGCAAGGAAUAAGGUGAUAACAAAAGAGGAGAAGGCUCAGAGAAAAAUAAAGAAAAAGGAGGAGACACAGCAACGCAAGCUGGAGAGAGAGAGACGAUUACAGGAGGCAGAAGAGAAAGAAAAACAGGAGCUGGCUGGGAGAAAGAGGUGGAAGAUAAACAAGAGAAUCUCCAUUAUCUGGGGAAGAAAAAAGAAAGACCCAGCAAUAAAGGAGAGAGAAAGACAGAAGAAGGAGGAGAGAGAGAGACGCAAGAUGGAGAAGAAAGAGAGAGACAGACAGGUGAAUGAGGAGAUAAAAAGAUGGCAUAGUGUGGCCAAAGAGAAGAGAGAGAAACGGAUGAGGGGGCAAAUGGAGAGAAAAAGACAGAGGAAGAAGGUGAGGGAGGAAAAGGAGAGACAAAAGAAAGAGAAGAUGCAGAGGGAAAGACAGAUAAGGAAGAUGAAGGAGGAAUGGAAGUUGAGGAAAGAGAGACAGAAGGCAGCUGAAAGACAGCUGAAGGAGGAGAAAAAGAGACAGAAGAGGGAGAGAGGUACACACAAGGUGGUCAAGAAGAAGAAGGGAAAAGAAAAGAAGAGAAGAGAAAAGGAGUGGAAGACUGAGAGUGAUAAAGUGAAGGAUAGUUGGCUUUCCAGUCUGCAGAUGUGGUGGCAUGGUAUCGAGAGAGACCAUCUCGAUGCCCUCCACAGAUACAACGUUGUGAAAGAGCAGAACCUACGUCGUGGUAACCUCAAACCACAGGCGUACGACAUAAACAAGCUGCUCAUAGAAAGAAGGAAUCUGGAAAUAGACCAACGCCGACUAGUCUGGAACGUGAAGAGGCUGGAAGAGGAACAAAGACUGAGGAGACAGAGGACGUUAAGGAAGAUGGGCAUAUUCACAAUAGAUGACUUGCCCAUACGUCCUCUUGUACAGUGACAUUCUCACAGAACCUCCUCACUCUCUCAUGAAGCUCCUCUCAAACAUUAACUCAAGCCUUCCUCCAACACUGGUGUCCACCGCCAGUUUCUCUCACCAAAAACCUCUCCUUCAUGCCCUCAACCUCCUUCAACGUAUACAAACAAGUCUC